AUGCCAUGGAAGAAGAAUCUGCUCGAACGCGACGUCGAACCGACCUGCUCUUGUACUGAUCCGAUCGCCGCCGAGUGGGCAACCAACAAAUUCUUUGCGGAUGCUGCGACAUCUGCUGCGACCCCGGCCGGUUAUUAUCAAGCAUUUAAAAAUGGACAAGCAUGGGUCUCAGGAGAUGGGUUUAUUGGACACACGACGAUUGAUGAGUACGAUAGCGGCAUCUGCGCAGCCAUUUGCAAUAGCAUUGACGAAUGCUCCUCGUUCGAAAUCUACUUUGAGAAGGAAAUCGGCGGACCAGCUCCAGCAAUCAAGUGUUCUUUCUGGGCUGGUUCCAUCAGCCCUGCUGGUCCAAACAGUGCAAAUGCGGUCAUCGCUGGUUGUAACGGCUACACUAACAGCACCUUGACAACUCCGAAAGGAUUCGAUGUGCCAGUAUUCAUUGCGGGCUCGGCGAUCCAUCCACCGCCGACCUCUGGGGCAUUCAUGGGCUCAAAGAUCUUCUAUGGCCCAUUUGACACAGCAUACUGCGCCAAGGAGUGUAGCGCGAUCGGAUGUAAUUUCUUCAACACCUAUGUUCUCUCUAGAGACGGUGUGAGCCAGGGUCAAUAUUGCGACAUGUACGCUCAGACGUUCGGACCGGAAUGGGCCACUGAAACUGGAAGAUCAGAUGGGAACACAAACUAUACCAUCUCUCACAGCUUCACCUGCCGUUCCGCUGGAGAAAAACGUGGUGAGAAUCAUUCCAAUACCGGCAGCAAUGGUGGCAAGGGAGGAUCUUGGGAAGAUCAUCAUCCCUGGCACGGGAGCAAUCCCUAUGCAGGCAAUACUGGGAGCAGCUCCAGCAGUAGCUCAAGCACUUCGAAAAUUUCUACUUCUGCAGGGCCUUCUGCGACCUCUAGCAGACCGGGAGGUAACGGUACCAGCCACACUAGACACUCACCAUCUGCUUCGACACCAGUUUCUCCCACGGAUGGGCACACACAACCUGGAGGGGGAACGGGGACACCAUCGACGUCUGCUUCCAGCACGCCCACGAGCAGGCCUGGGAACAGCUCGGGAACCCUGAACCCAGUUGAUCCUACCACCCGGAGACCUUCAACGACUCCAACCAGCCCGAGUGGCUCUUCGACUGGUGGUGGCCCAGGGCAUUCAGGACCUGUUGAAGCGACUAGCUCGAAGUCGACUCCUUCCGGAUCCGGACGGCCUCCACACUCGUCGCUCAGCAAGCCGAACCACGAAAGCCAAUGGCUCGACUGGAACAGUUCUCAGUCAUCGAAGACCACGGAGUUAUCUUCGUCAACCACCCAAGAGCCUGUUGAUGCGUCGACUACAGAGACCAGCUCGUUUUCCAGCGGGCGGCCAGGACAGCCAACUCGACCUCCGGGUGGUCGCCCACACUCUUCAUCAAACAGAGGGAAUAGUGGCUCUGGUGGCUGGGGGGAUUGGGGAUUGCCAACGGGACAUAGUUCCUCCGAUACUUUGACUACGACGACCACCUCGUCGAAGCCAGUCGAGGCUGCAUCGACGAAAUCUACCACCUCUUCCGUCCAUUCUGCCAACCCCACUAUUUCGCACCCCACGCGUCCAGGAGGAUGGCCAUCACACAGCGGAUCAGAGAAACCGUGGCUAGAUUGGACGUCAUCGUCCACUUCAAGCUCUCUCAUCGUCGAUGACCUUACCACAACUUCUUCUACACCAUCUACAUCUUCUGCGUGGCCCCGUCCGAGCAGCUUCACCUGGCCAGCAGAAAAUGGUACAGGAAAGGUCUGGCUGGAUUGGACAACUUCGUCUUCAACUUCAAGCCUUCUGCCUGUUGACGCUGCAACAACCACCUCGAUCCAGCCAACUACCACUUCCACAGGUUACUUCAAUCCCAGCAGCCGCUUUGCUUGGCCCUCGGAGAAUGGAACAGAACAGAUCUGGCUGGACUGGACGACAUCUUCAACUUCAAGCUCCUUGCUUGUUGACGCGCUAACAACAACCUCAACACUUCCAACGACGACUUCGACUUUGUCGAGGUCGGGUGGCUCCGGCUGGCCCUCGGAAAGCGGGACACAACGAGUGUGGUUGGACUGGACCACAUCGUCCACCUCUAGUUCUUUGUUUGUUGAUGCGGCAACAACAAUAUCGACGACCACCGCUACCUCGAAUGCGGUGAGGCCUUCCGGCUCUACCUGGCCUGCGGAAAAUGGUAGUGCAUGGGAAGAUUGGAGUAGGACAUCUACGUCUACCUCGACCAGUCUUGCCGUGGCGGACGCAACAACUUCUUCUCUUCCUACAACCAGCUCUGGGGCAGUUUAUUCUAGUUGGCCGUUUGAAAACGGCAGUCUAUGGCUCGACUGGACCAAGACAACUUCAUCUUCAUCGACCGUCCUUCCUGUCGCCGAUGCUACAACUUCUUCGCCUCUUUUGACCACCACUUCUCAGACCACUUCAAGAGCAGCUUACACCGGGUGGCCUUCUGAAAAUGGUAGUCUGUGGCUGGACUGGACGCGGACAUCUUCAUCGACGUCGAGCGUUCUCACUGUUGCCGAUGCCACUACGACUUCGCCCCUAGGCACGACUAGUUCCAUACCUAGCUAUUCCGCCUGGCCAUCUGAGAACGGCAGCGCCUGGUUAGACUGGACACGAACGGUUUCAACUUCGACCUCGAGCAUUCUAUCUGUUGCCGAUGCCACUACAACUUCACCCCUGGGCACGACUACUUCCGAACCUAGCUAUUCCGCUUGGCCAUCUGAAAACGGCAGCGCCUGGUUAGACUGGACACGAACGGUUUCAACUUCGACCUCGAGCAUUCUAUCUGUUGCUGAUGCCACUACAACUUCACCCCUUAGCACGACCACUUCAAGAUAUGGAUAUUCUGCUUGGCCGUCUGAGAACGGUAGCGCCUGGUUGGACUGGACACGAACAAUUUCAACUUCGACUUCAAGCAUUCUCAGUGUUGCGGAUGCCACUACGACUUCUCUAACCACAACUAGUUCUGAACGUGGAUAUUCUGCUUGGCCAUCAGAGAGCGGUAGCGCCUGGCUAGACUGGACACGAACCGCUUCAGGAUCGAUCUCGACCUCGACCUCGAGUGUCCUCAGUGUUGCGGAUGCUACUACAACUUCCCCAAGCACGACUAGUUUCAAGCCUACCUAUUCUGGUUGGCCAUCGGAAAACGGUAGCGCCUGGCUAGACUGGACACGAACAGUUUCGACCUCGACCUCUAGCGGUCUAUCUGUUGCAGAUGCUACGACGACUUCUCUAACCACAACUAGUUCUACACCUGAAUAUCCUGCUUGGCCGUCAGAAAACGGAAGCGCCUGGUUAGACUGGACAAGAACGAUUUCGACUGCCACUUUCACUUCGACCUCGAGCGUUCUAUCUGUUGCGGAUGCCACGACCAGCUCUGGACCUGGAUAUUUUACUUGGCCUUCAGAAAGUGGCAGCGCCUGGCUAGACUGGACGCGGACAAUCUCAACUUCAACUUCAACGUCGAGCCUUCUUAGUGUCGCGGACGCUACAACCAGUUCCGGACCUGGAUAUGCUACUUGGCCAUCAGAAAGUGGUAGCGCCUGGCUAGACUGGACGCGGACAGUCUCAACUUCAACUUCAACGUCGAGCGUUCUAUCUGUUGCGGAUGCCACGACCAGUUCUGGACCUGGAUAUACUACUUGGCCAUCAGAAAGUGGUAGUGCCUGGCUAGACUGGACGCGGACAGUCUCAACUUCAACUUCAACGUCGAGCGUUCUAUCUGUUGCGGAUGCCACGACCAGUUCUAGACCUGGAUAUUCCGCCUGGCCGUCAGAGAGUGGUAGUGCCUGGCUGGAUUGGACACGGACAGUCUCAACUUCAUCAACGUCGAGUGUUCUUGGUGUCGCGGAUGCUACAACCUCUUCUCCAAGUACGACAAGUUCGAGACCUAAUUAUUCCGUCUGGCCUUCAGAGAGUGGCAGUGCUUGGUUAGACUGGACACGAACGAUUUCGACUUCAACUUCAACCUCGAGCAUUCUUAGCGUUGCGGAUGCGACUACAAAUUCACCUCUUAGUACGACAAGCUCACGACCUAGUUAUUCUGCCUGGCCGUCAGAGAGUGGAAGCGUGUGGCUAGACUGGACGCGAACGAUUUCGACAUCAGCUUCGACAUCCUCAAGCGUUCUUAGCGUCGCGGACGCGACUACAAAUUCGCCUCUCAGUACGACAAGCUCAAGGCCCAGCUAUUCCGCGUGGCCUUCGGAGAAUGGAAGCGCGUGGUUAGACUGGACACGUACGAUCUCGACGUUGAGUUCUACUUCCAGCAUUCUUAGUGUCGCCGAUGCCACAACCUCUUUCUUGAGUACGACAAGCUCAAGACCUACUUAUCCCUCUUGGCCUUCAGAGAGUGGAAGCGCGUGGUUGGACUGGACGCGAACGAUCUCAACAUCAGCUUCGACUUCCUCGAGCGCUCCUAGUGUUGCGGACGCGACAACAAAUUCGCCUCUCAGUACGACAAGCUCAAGGCCUAGUUAUUCCGCUUGGCCUUCCGAGAAUGGGAGCGUGUGGUUGGACUGGACACGAACGAUUUCAUCCACCUCCAGUGCAGUCUCAGUGGACGCGGAAACCACAAGCUCUUUGGUCGCCGCCACUUCGACUCAGAGUUCUAGACCAUAUGGCUCAACUUGGCCGUCGCACAGCGGCAAUGGCUCUUGGGAAGACUGGGCAGCAACAACAACGUCCGUAAACCCGACGAGCUCUUCGGAAUUGCCGGUUGAUGCUAUGACCACAACAAGUUCAGUUUCGUCGACGACCUCCAUCGCUACACAUCCGGGCUACCCCGGCUUCAAUGAUUCAAAUUCUAUCUGGCUUGAUUGGAAUCUGACGUCGAGGACUUCGUCGUUGCCAAUUGAGGCUGUAUCUACAGCCACAACCUCGAGCUCUUCCCUAUCCCCAACCACGACCAGCUCGACUUUUGGUUACCCUGGCUUUAACGACUCGAACUCCAUCUGGCUAGACUGGAAUCUGACGUCCUUCUCGAAGACACAGACUACCUCUGCCUUGCCGGUCGACGCCGCAACUACAAGCCUGAGCUCCUCUUUAAGCACAACCACGAGCUCCAGUUUCGCAUAUCCCACGACAGGUAAUUGGACAGGUCACAACGAGAGCGCGUGGCUAGACUGGAAUUUGACUGUCACCCGAACAAGUACGCUGUAUGUCGACGGUCAAACAACAUCAUCCUCGAUCGCAACCACUACGAGUUCAGUCAGAGCUUAUCCGACCGGGAGUUGGACCGAGUCACAGUGGCUAGAUUGGACCAGAACUACGAGCUCUGGGAUUGUAUCUACGACCUCGAGCUCGCAGACAAGCUAUCCAACAUUCCCGGCCUACAAUGGAACGGGCAAUUGGUCCGACUGGCUGUCUAACUUGACUUAUAGCUCGUCCUCAAGAUUUGUUGCACCGCAGACAACCACUUCCUCCGUUCUUUCCGUCGAUGCUACUUCUCUGCAACCUACCUCGUCCACCACUUCCGUUGCAGGAUAUCCGACGAUUCCAGCCUAUAACGGCUCAUAUCCUUCGUCGAACUGGACCGACUGGAAUGGCACAAUCCCGUGGAACGUGACUGACGGCAGAGGUUCGACCACAACGUCGACAUUGUAUGUGUCACCAACGGCUACAAGUUACACGUCAGGAUCGACAUCAACAAUGGCCUCUCCUGUGGCGCCUACGACGACUUCGACCUGGGCUUACAAUGGCACAGGCAGUGGUAACUGGACAGACUGGGCCAGUAAUGGGACGGCUCCGCUGAACUACACGAUCCCCCAUACAAAUUCGACCAAUUCGACGGCAGGAGGUGGUAACUCGACGUAUCCCGCCGGCAGUUCCUCUGGAUGCAGUGCCACGGCCCCUUCGCAACUUCUGGAGAACCCAUCGUUCGAAUGCUCGGGCACAGGGUGGAACCUUGACGAAGUGGAUAUUGUCUGGGGAAGUGCCUCGGAGUCGUUGACAUCUGCUAGGCGCAUCCGCGAUAUCUUGUCCCCUGACUCGGCAUAUGACGGCAAAGGAUUUGCCCGCUUUGAGCCCACUUUCGAAGAUGUGACUGCCACUUUGUCGCAGACUCUUGCCGCUCCCGCCACGAGUGGAUCGUAUUGGUAUUCUUUCGCGUAUAGGGUUCCCUCUUCUGGCGUUACACCGGAUGAAUGCACGUUGACAGUUUCGAACGAUGAAGGAACACUGGCAACAUUGGGAUCUCUCUCGGCCGCAAGCACCUGGACGAUGACCGGCAAAGAAUUCCAAGUCACAUCAUCGGCGAGCACAUUCUCUCUGGUGUUUAGCUGCUCCGGCGUUCAGACUGCCUCACCAAUUCUUGAUAUCGACAACAUCAGAAUGGGUAUGGGCGGCGGCAAUUGGACUGCUGUGAAUGGAACCUCGGGCGGACACAGCAAUAGCACUGGUCUUCCGACUUGGAGUGCUCCUUCCAACAUUACGUAUAGCCCGCCACCAACCAACCUGACUCGGCCGGACGAAGCCGGCAGCCCAAUUGACUAUAGCGGAGGAGCUGCUGCAGCGCCAACACAAACCACCUCCAGCACUGAGCCCGUGACCACUUCGACCGUGCUCGCUCCAGCAGCGCCGACACUUGCUGAUUUCGAGAUACCCGCACCUCCGCCAUCUUCCUCAUCAGCAGUACCAACGACUUCAUCUCCGACAGCUCCAGCUGCAGCUACAGGCGCAUCAGGACCGCCGGAUGUUAGUGAUCCUACGACAUCGGCGGACCCUGUAGUCGCAUCGACCACGGCUCCAGCUGCGGUUGAAGAACCAAGCACAACAACAGCGACGUAUCCUUCCAGCACGGUGUUUUCUUCAAGGAACCGGGUCAAGAGGCACCGAUAUCAUCGGAACUAG